ACAGGAUAGACCCUCCUCACAAAAACACACACACUCACACUCACACUCACACACAGUGAUCUUGUUGAAGUGGCUUAUCAGUUUACAAAAACUGAUGAUUUUGCCACCAUUAUCUUGAAGUAAGCCAAAAAUGGAUAGUCUAUCCUUAGCCACCACCACAACUGCCACAAACGUUUCAAAAUUUAGAUUCUCUAUCCCUUGUUAUAAAAACCCAAAAUUUUACAGAAACCUUCCUUUCCAUCAUCAUCAUAAAAAAGAUAGGAAAUUUGCAAUCUUUGCUGAUAAAGAUGAAGCAAAUAAUUACAAUCUUGAUAGUUAUGACAAGAUGGAACUUAAGUUUGGUAGACUUAUUGGUGAAGACCCUAAACUCACCCUUGCCAAGAUAAUCGGUAGAAAAACGAACCCUGAAUUGUCUUACUUGGAAAUCGAGAAAUUAUACAACAAGAAGGGUAUGAAAGCCUUUACUGACAUAGAGGAGGUUCCAUUUGAUGUAUCUGAUAUUAGAAAAAAACCAAAUGAUUCACUUGAUGGACUAAAUUUAUCCCGUCCAGUACCCAAGAGAGGAGUCAAAUUUGAAAAAAAUGAUUCGCUUGAUGGACUUAAUUUGAGUCGACCUGUACCCAAAAAAGGAGUCAAAUUUGAAACAAAUGAUAAUAAGCCAGUAGUACCCCAAGUAAAGAGACCAGUCAAGCCAUUAGCGAAGGCUUCCAACAUAGCGAUACCAAGUGUCCCAAAUGUCGAAAUACGGAAACCGACUACUUUUAAAGAAGAUGAUGGUGCUUUCACAGCAACGUUGCAGAGACCAAAUGUAUCAUAUAAAAUAAAUAAAAAAGAGGAAGAAGAAAGGUUUACUGAUAUGGCAAUGGUGAGGAAGCCCGAACCAUACUUGCAAAAUGCCGAAACAGAAAGUUUGGUUGAUGAAAUAGAAAAUCCAAGUGAAAUUACGUAUCAAAUGGAUGUUUCACUUCUUCAAAAGCCUGAGAUCACAUUGGAUCAAGAUGACAAAGAAAGUCCAAAUGGAAUCCAGAUUCAAAAUGAAAAAGAAAGUCCAAGUGAAAUCCAGGUUCCAGCAAAUGUCCCACUUCUUCAAAAGCCUGAGAUCACAUUGGUUCAAGAUGACCAAGAAAGUACAAAUGAAAUCCAGGUUCAAAAUGAAAUAGAGUCUCCAAGUGAAAUCCAGGUUCCAACGAAUGUCUCACUUUAUCAAAAGCCUGAGAUCACAUUGGAUCAAGAUGACCAAGAAAGUACAAAUGAAAUCCAGGUUCAAAACGAAAAAGAGAGUCCAAGUGAAAUCCAGGUUCCAACGAAUAUCUCACUUCUUCAAAAGCCUGAGAUCACAUUGGAUCAAGAUUAUAGCGAUCGCAGUGCAUCAAACUCAGAUAUUGGUGAAAUGAAGAACACCUCAAGAAGUGUUGAUGUAGCUCCCGAGAUGGAAAAUGUGGCACUUGUUGAUCUUGAACCGUCAGAUAACAAUGGGGAUGUGUUGAAGUUGCAAGAUAUUGGUCAAGAGAAUGAUAUAACAGGAUCACAGCCCCAUGAGCAGACAGAUAUCGGUGUUUCCGAUGCAGGUACUGAUCCUGAUAUAGCAGCUACUUUGAGAGGACCACCUAAAAGGUUAGAUCAACCUGUUAAAGAUACAUCAAAGGUUAACAAUAGGGUUUUCAGUCCUUCGACUCCAGUACCAGAUGCAAAUACUAUGGAGAGUGAAAAGUUGCCUACAAUACCGGUUUUCAAGGAGCGUGAAGAUAUCGACUGGAAAAGAGCUGAAGAUUUGAUCAAGACGGCAGGAAGAGAAGAAGUGGAACUCAUAAACUCUAGCACCCGGGGGUUUGUUGCAUCUUUUGGUUCUUUGAUCGGGUUUUUGCCUUAUCGAAAUCUUGCCACCAAGUGGAAGUAUUUAGCUUUCGAGUCUUGGUUGAGAAAGAAAGGGUUGGAUCCUGCUAUGUACAGGCAAAAUCUUGGUGUGAUUGGAGGCUACAAUGCUGCAAGCAAAACAACUCCUCAGUCAACUAUAGAUCCUAAAAAGAUUGAGGGUGAAUUAUCACCUGAUAUGAAACUUGAAGAUCUUCUUGCAAUUUAUGACCAAGAAAAACUCAAAUACUUGUCAUCAUUCGUUGGCCAGAAAGUAAAAGUCAACGUGGUAUUGGCAGAUAGAGUGUCAAACAAGCUGAUAUUUUCUGGAAAACCGAAAGAGAAGGAUGAAUCAAUUGCGAGAAAGAAAAAUCUCAUGGCUAAGCUAAGUGUUGGAGAUGUCGUGAAAUGUUGCAUCAAAAAGAUUACUUAUUAUGGUAUUUUUGUCGAGGUCGAAGGAGUACCUGCAUUGAUUCACCAAACCGAGGUGUCAUGGGAUGAUACUUUGGACAUUAUAUCUCAUUUUAAGAUCGGGCAGAUUGUAGAUGCAAAGGUUCAUCAACUAGAUUUUUCACUUGAACGCAUAUUCUUGUCACUGAAGGAGAUCACGCCAGAUCCGUUGAUUGAGACAUUGGAGACUGUUGUUGGUGAUCAGGCUAAAUUGGAUGGUAGAUUAGAAGUAUCUCAACCCAGUGAAGAGUGGGCCGAUGUUGAAUUACUUGUGAAAGAACUGGAGAAAUAUGAAGGGAUUGACCUCGUAAAGAAAGGCCGGUUUUUCUUGAGCCCAGGUUUGGCUCCAACAUUUCAGGUUUAUAUGUCAUCUGUGCUUGAGAAAGAGUAUAAGCUGCUUGCAAGAGCUGGAAACAAAGUACAAGAGGUAAUUGUUGAGACAUCAAUGGGGAAAGAAGAGAUGAAAUCUGCAAUUCUAACAUGUGCCAAUAGAGUAGACUAAUGUUGUCUCUCUUAUAGUCAUUUGGUACUUGUAUAGUUUGUUUUAUGUUACUUCGGUUGAAGAAAGAGUGCUUGUGAUGUCAUUUGUUGCUAAUUAGCCACUUUUGGACUUCCUGUUCUAGCUACAAUCGAUGUAGCACAUUUAUUUUUAUCGGCUUAACCUAUCAGGUCAUAUAUGCAAAUUUGUAGCUACAUGCAUAUAACUUUUUGAGUAGACUUGGCUGAGUAGCUUGGUUUUGUUUGUUGAGUCUA